AGUUACACAAGCAAAAAGAAGAAUUUUAUAAUAGGAUCGUUUCACAACUGCAGCUUCAAUUCGCACCUUUAUCUCAUGCGGUCGGGAAUCUAUUCUGACUCCUGAUUUGGCUGGUAGGCUGAUUGGUAGUUCGCAUUUGAUUCAAUAAAACACCAGCUUGAUAUAUUGGAAUAGAUAGUUGAAGUCCACGCCUCACCUUCCAUUUCUGAGGCAUGCAUAAUGUUCCUAGUACGUUCGACUGACAUAAGUAAAGGAAUUAACAUUGGCCUCGACUGAAAUAAGGAGACGAAACAUAAAGCAUAAAAUAAAUGUCUACAGGUUUUCAUUGAAAACGCGACUCAAUUUCGGGUGGAGAGAACUACUGUAGCGCAUCAAGUAUCGAAUAUUUGGAACGACUACAGCGCGCCAGUUUUCGUAUUCAAGUAGAGUGGACGCAGAAACGAGCUUUUUAUGAACAUGGAAUUGAAUUUAGUGCUUUUGACGACGAGUGUCUCUUUUGGAUUUUUUAAACUUGUCAACUGUGGUUUUAGUAAACUUCCCAUACCCGAGUCUGCUUGCAGAAAUGGAUGGAAGUGGAGAAAUAUCUGCACAUCCUUCACCCACAGUGUGAUCACCGGGAUAUGGGCUGUGCUAUGCUUUUUCCGCCACCCACAGAUGGCUGAAGAUUUGAUAGGAACCCAUUCUGUGUUUUCGCACGCGUUGGUAUCUGUAUCAAUCGGUUACUUCAUCUAUGAUUUCUUUGAUAUGGUGUUCAACCAGAAGAUGAACCAGUCAUGGGAGCUCCUAUUUCAUCACAUAGUGGUGAUAUGCUGUUUUGGGAUUGCCGUCUUGACUGGUCUCUAUGUGGGCUUUGCCGUGGUGGCCCUCCUGGUUGAGAUCAACUCCGUGUUUCUACACCUGAGGCAAAUCUUACGCAUGGCCAACAAGGCGGUAGGCGAUAUCUACCGUGUCAACAGCAUGGUCAACCUAGGCACCUACGUGGUAUUCCGGAUCAACACCCUGGCCUGGAUGACCCGCUGGCUGGUCCUGAACCGUGACAAAGUCCCUCUGUUCAGCUACACGGUGGGAAGUGUGGGCCUUGCCAUCAUGACGGCCAUGAACAUAGUGUUGUUCUACCGCCUGCUGAGGUCCGACUUCCUCAAGAGUAGUACGGCCACGCCCACCGAGUGCAGAGAGAGGCGGGGCCCAGGAGAGGGGAGGAAGGAGAUGUAGGGAGUCCAGGAGGAAUUGGAGGGCGGGGGGGAAGUGUGUACAUGUUAUACCAGACCAUGGAGAUGGCAUGGAGAGUACUGGUGAUGGUAAGAAGGAUGUGUACACACACACACGCUGAGACUCAACAUGUCAGCAACAUGAAAACAUACCUUAUGGCCCACAUUCCUGGUACCUUUUGCCUGGACUUUACCUAAGAGCUCUAACCAAAUAAAUGUCCCCAUCUUGAUCUUCUGUUUUGGGGUACAGGCAGUUUCAGUUCAAACAUACAUCAUCCUUCGAAUCACUGCAAAUUGUUUGAACACUCAAUAUUACACAUGAUAUAAGAAAUAGUUAUAUUAUUUCAAGACAGGAUACGUGAGAACUGUAUUCAAUUAUAUCUAUAAAAGAUGUCUCUCAGAUUGAUGUGCAAUUCCAUAGCACUUACAGUUAUAUAUAAACAUAACGUAUAGGGAAUAAUUGAAUCCCAAGACUGUUUUUUCUUUAACCUUUUAACUUGUUGUGUAAUUAGCAUUAUGAAUGGAAGGCAUGUAUUGGCCUAGCCUCAUGUAAACUAAACACCUGCUACCUCAGAAGCCUGUAGCAGCUGUGUCUGUUGAACUGUGCUAUCUUUAAGUGUUGAUAUAAGGGUUUUGCUACUUGGUACAAACUUUAAUCAUCAUUUGGUCCUCUUCAAUUUCUUGACCAGAGGAAAAAUAUAUUCAUUCAUAUGACAUGUUCAUGUAUUGAAGUGGCCUACCUAUAAAUGAUCAGAACUGUGUUGCAUGGAUGUAGGAUAGGUUGCUAACAAACAAUUCCAACUGAUGUCACUCUAGAUGUUUUAGGAAGUUAAACAAAAGCAAGUUUGCCUUACUGUGUGCUUUUACUCUCUCUCACACACACACAUACACACACACACACACACACAGAGGCUAAAGCUUCCAUAAUAGUCUAUUUGAAGCUUGCCUGUUGAAGUCAAGGGUUUACCUCUCAUUAAUGGGUCAACAUGGUAACUAUGACAACUGUUUGUGCCAGCUCUUCUUACACCCAUCUGUUGAUGACAUCACUAAUGACAUCUGGCCCCAUUGGUUAAUACUUUGGCAUCUACUGACAGUGACAUAAGGCGGCCGUUGACAUGCCAUUAUAGAGUUGUCCUCAUCGGGGCAGUGCACUCCUUAGCUUUUUCAGGGAGAAGUUGCUCUUUUGGCUCACUGUAUUAGGAUAAGACUUUGGCAUAUUCAGACUUUGAAAGUAAAGACUGGAAUAGAAAGAAUCAAGUCACCGACACAUACAAACACAGACAGACUUUAGCAACAGCCUACCCUACAGACAGCUUAUUGAUGCAGGUGUAUCGUAACUAGGGUUUACAAAAGGCCUUCUGUGUUUUAUAACCAGGUGGCAGCAUUACGGUUACUGUUUCCUCCCUCCAUCGAGUUAUCCAACUGGAAAUCCAGAUUUUCUUUUAGAUUUUAUGGAAAGUACUGGAAUACUGCAACCCUAAUCAUUACAGACAGUAACCUUGUGCAGAACAUUGUAUAACUGGAUUUAUUUCAGUUUUUGUUUUGUUUAAAAUGUUCAUAUUUUUGUAUAUUUGUAAUUUAUUUGUACUAAAAAAGUGUUGGAUUAAUUGUCAAGGAAUAUGUUAAUAUUAGGAUGGGUAUGGUUUAUAGAUGCAGAUGUAUCACUUUGAAGUAAAUUGUGUGUAUCGUUUUGAAGAACUUUGAAUUUAUGGUGGUUCCUACAGUGAACUGUGUGAGCUGUAUUGUUUAAGGGUAUUGUUGGUGAAACUAUAGAAGGGGUUCUUUCUGUUUGGCUGAGUCUAAAUCUGUGAGUGUCUGUUGAAAAAUGAGCUUUUUCUUCAUUUACCUGUUGAUUAUUUUGGUCUCUCUCUAAAUACAUCCAAUACUGCAAUGCUGCGCCGUCAACUCCCACAAUCUCCAAUGUGGAAGCAGGUUUUGGCUGCGGACAAGCAGUAUUUCCUCUUGGCCGAGUUUUGCUUGAAGACAAACAAUGCCAACAUUUCUUCACCCAAAGAAAUCUGUUCCCUAACACUUCCAAGAAACAGCUAUUUCGUACAACACAUAGAACUGAAAAGACAUGAAUGACGUUUCAACCCAAUUAGGAAACAAUAAUUAACAAGCUUUCUUAUCACAUGCAGCUGCAGGGGGCUUCUAAUGGAAGAGAGCUCAACUGCAGUCAAUGAUAAACUGAAAUCCCUUGUUAAUGACCAGUUUGGAGUUAUUUGCUUUAAAAUGUGUCUAAAUUGAGAUAAGACUCUGGAAGAAAAUGUAUUGGCUCACCAUGUAUGUUUGUACGGUAUGCACUGUAUGUUUGCAGAGGUGAUACAUACUAUAAAAUGAUGCUCACAAAACAAUA